CUGAUACUCACUUUCUCUCUCUCUCUGAAACUGUUAUGGACAACCAAUGCAGCGCUUUUCUGGGUUGGGCUUACUUCUUCCAAGGAAUGAACAUUGAAGAAUUGAGGCAUUCGCUUUUUUGUGCAACUCUUGAGCUGGAACAGAUGAGGACUGCAGUUCAUGAGGAGCUAAGAAAGAGAGAUGAACAGAUAAUUAAUCUCAAAGAACUUUUCAGCAGAGCCAAUCGAGAGAGGGAUGAAGCAAAUGAAAAGAUCCAGAAGUUACUUAUUGAGAAGCUUUUCCUUCAGCACCGAACAGGUCAACAUUCAGGAAUUUCUAGUGUUGAAGAUGAACCACGGAAAGGAAUUGAUUCCAACAAUGGCUUCUCCUCGUCGGAUUGUGAAGAAAGCAUUGUAUCGUCUCCUGCCAUUGAUCCAAUUCCGCCACCACAGUUCGCUACAUCUCUGCCGCUACAAGCACCGUCGCAGGCCGCGGUCGAAUUGGUGUCAGAGAAGCCAUUGCCUGAAAAAGGUAAGCUCUUGGAAGCAGUGAUGAAAGCAGGCCCUCUGCUUCAGACUCUGCUUGUCGCCGGGCCUCUUCCUGAGUGGAGACACCCACCUCCACCACUUGAAUCGUUCGAGAUCCCACCGGUGACAGUUCCUGCAACGCCACCACCGCAGCUCCUCCGGGAUUCUCCAGUGACAUUCAAUCGUAGCAGCAACAUUACCAACUGUGGAAGCAGAAAAAGAGCUUUGUUGGAAGGCUCUGAUUCUCCAACCGAGACGAAGUGUCGAAGGCUUGCUCCUCGCUGACCACUACAAAAACCAGAGAGCAGCAAAAACACAAUCAUAGUAUAGUAUUUCUUUUUCAUCCUCCGUCUGAGAAACGGGUCGAGUUUUUCCAGAAUUGUUUGUCAUAUAAGAUGCAAUUCCAAUUCUGAGAUUCAUC